AUGUUAAUUUAUGAUGCAUUUGAUGGCAGGUUUCUUACCAUCAAACUACGACCAAGACAGUCAUGCUGCUCUGUUUGUGGAGACAAUCCUACAAUAAAUAAACUUCAGGAUUAUGAACUCUUCUGUGGAGCUUCUGCUACUGAUAAGGUCAUUAGAAGAAAAAAACUUAUGAUAAAUGUACAACCACCUUUUACAAGUGACCAUUUAAGUAAUUUACCCCCCGGCUUCUCCAACAAUAUGUUGCCCUUCAAUAGAAUAGCACCCCAUUAUGGAAUCACACCUUUUGAUUUGUGUUGACAGUAAAUGCAAAUUUUUCUGUAAAAUUAUCAAAUGUUUCCUAUGACACCUUUGUAGGUGGAAAUUGGUGUUGAGCGAUUGCAUUUCCUAAUAAAAAGGGGAGUAGUGCAAAAGCUUAUUGAUUAACUUAUUGAUUUGCUUAAGUUAAAUUAUCUUAGUAUCAUGGAAACAGUAUGCUAACACUUCAGCCAGAGUCAAAGGAUGCAAGAUGGGUCUGCAUCCUUUAUGAGCAUGCAAAUAGUCAUGGGACCUGCAAUUUUACGGCCGACAUGGAUCAAUUGGCAGAGUUCGAUAAUACGGUCCUCUAUUCCAGGGGGAGUAGCCAUACCCAAGUGCCUCAAUAGCUGCUGCCAUGAGGGCCUCAUGGGGUUGGCUAAUGUGCAGCUUCACCUUACCUUUACUCAUGUAAACUAUGUACUUUUCCCAAUCAAGGCACUUUUAAUGUGGGCCUCUAUGAAACAUGACCACUUCUCAUAAGUAACACCACAACCACUUUAAUUUCUACUUCUAUAGUUUAGAAUCGAAUUUUAUCUAUUGGUCUCUGAUCUUCCACACAGUGUGCUCUAAUCUCUUUUAGCACCAUGCUGCAUCAUAACUCAGAAAUUCUGUGCACUAAAUUCUGUGUCUUUGACUGUGGACACGUGUGCCAGCUAUAAGACCUGUUCCAGGGGAUAUGUUAAGGUUAAAAUCCAUUUUAAGGUUGAACUGUGAUUGUUUAACUAGGUUACCAAAUUAUAGGCCUUAGGGUUAACUAGAACCCACUCAGACAGGCUAACCAUGAUAAGUUAAACAGCUGUUGACCCUGAGAAUGGAUACAGAUACAUGUUCGCGUUGUGUUCAGACUCUAGCAAUUAAGUGACCACCUGAGUCUUACUGGGCUGACAGACAAACAAAACAAAGGACUGUAAGGGAUCAUUAGUUUUAUUUCACCUGCUUGAAUGGUGUUUUUCUUUACUUAUAGACCCCAUCUUUAAGAAUUCUACAGAAGCAACAAAGAAUCUCCGUUCAGGCAAGUAACUUUUAUUAUCAAAGUUUUACCAUAAUAUUAUUAUUACCCACUAGUAUUGGCUGUCCAAAAAAGGUUAAAGAUUUUUAAAUAAUGACAAGUUUAGAAGCAAAACUCAAGAGUAAAAAUUGAAUACAUUUGACUAUAAUGCAGAAGGCUGCCAGAUUGCCCUAGUCAUGUAGUUUCUUGGCAGUGUGCUGUUUAAAAAAAACAAGAGAGGAAUUUUGUCUAAGGAAACAACAAAGUUGGCAGAAUCCGUGAUGUGAGCUGUGCUUUAGAUACACUUUAUACCUCGUAAUGGCUGCAAUAAUAUUUUCCUUUGUUUUAAAUGAUAAAAUCAUUAAAUUUAUUUGGAUAUGACAGUCAUGAGACCCUCUUUGGGGGUUAUGUAUGACCCUAGUCUGAAUUUCAAAACUUGUUGUUUCACGUUUUGAGGAGGGAGCCAUUGUCAGUAUUUUACUAUUGUAUUGCACUUUUCUCUGUCACUUUUGCAGUUUCAACUCAUCUUUGUGUCAUUUGUCGUCAUUUCUGCUGUCCUAUGUUGCUUUUUCAAGGCCAUGUUGAUUGUCAGAAUUUUAUUCUAACAGGGCCUCAGUCAUGUGCUCCUGGAUCAGUAUUGAUUCUGGGAAACUACCCACCUACCCCUCUCUUAACCCAACUAACCCAACAUUUUGCCCUCAGUGAGAGGUUAGUGUUGGCCUUGGGUUAGGGGAGGGGUGGGUGGCAUUCCCAACGUCUUUAAUAUACUGAUUGCAAUGGUCAAUUCUAUGGUUUCUGCUGAUGAGUGGGGAAGAGGCCAGAUCCCAUUUGUUUUAAUGUCUGAUAGCACUAUCCACUGCAUAAAAUCACUAGAUCCAGUAGAUAGGUAAAUUAGGGAAACCAAAAAUGCAUUAUCUGGACACUGGAUACAUGUAGAGACUUAUCCAAAAAUAAAUCCACCUUUUCAACAACUGGGGCCAGAACAUCAAAGUUUCAGUUAGGUCAAAAUUUUUCAUUCCUGAAAGUUGGCACCUUCUACAGUAGACCUUAUUUCUUAGUUCCUCACAUGCAUUUGGAGUAAGCUUUAUCUAAUCUCAUGGCUUAUUAUCUUUUAGGAAUAUAAACAACUUGUUGAAGAAAAAUGUCCUCACAUUCUUGUGGAUGUACGGGAACCUGUUGAACUGGAUAUAUGUUCUCUUCCUGGAUCCUUAAGUAUCCUUUGCAGUAAAAUGUUUGUGCAUAGUAUAAAAAACCACUCAUGACUGAAUAAGCGAUCCGUAGUAAAUAAGUACACCCACCCACCACCCAGAACCCUUGUAUCUGACAGAAUGCACAGAAGUUAUCAUAAAAAAUGCACUGCUGAUUAUGCAUACCGGUUGCGGCAACAACUAACAGAUUCAUUUUUCAAAUAGAGUACUAAAGUGAUGACGUCAUAAAAACGAAAUUUCUGAAAUUAUGGGAUUUGUCAGGAUAUUCUGAAAGAACAAUGUCCAAGAGGCCUACUUACCAAAAAUGAGCAUUUCGGGGCAAAUUGUCUCUGAGAUAUUAGCCGGUUAAACUCAGAAAACUCCAUACAAACCCUUCUAAUUUUUUUUUGGGUCGACCCAAAAAAAAUUUAGAAGGGUUUGUAUGGAGUUUUCUAAGCAUAACUGGGCUACGAUCUUAGGGACAAUUUGCCCAGAAAUGCUCAUUUUUGGCAGAUAGGCCUCUUGGGCAUUGUUCUUUCAGAAUAUCCUGACAAAUCCCAUAAUUUCAGAAAUUUCAUUUUUAUGACGUCACACUUUAGUACUCUAUUAUCGAUUCUCAAUGGAAUCUUAGGGGGGGAGGGGGGUACACUUGACCUGGGUUGACAGUAAUACAGGUGAAGUUAACUUUGUUGAUCAUGUUGGUGAUGAUGAUAACAGCAGUGAUGGCAGUGAUCAAAUAACAGUAAUAUGAUGACAAUGGAUUUGCAUGCUUUGAAUGAUAGGUAUAUAUGGGUAUAAGAACCUUUAUUGUUAUUGAAUUCCAUUUUGAGUGACUCGAUCAUUUUCCUCAGCUACCAUGCUGCUUGCAAGAUAUUCCUCUGAGAAUCCUUCAUUCUUCUGAGCAGCAGAAAAAACUUAGACAGGCUGUUUCCCAUUUUGCUGAAGAAAAUAAGUUAAAAGCAGUUAAUGGUGAGUGGUUAACUGACUGUAAUAGAAAUUAAAGAUGAAUUCAUCUGCAAAUGCGAUAGCCUGUGCCACAGACGGAACUCAUCUUCUUGUUAAGUCUGUUCUCCAAUUAUAAACAGUGCCGAAAUCCUAGUUCUGGGCCCCCACCUGUGUAACAGGAUUUGAGUAUGUGCCAUGAAUGGCCUGUUAAAAAUGCCGUUGUUGAUUUGCCAAUCACCUUGACGAAAAAUUCAAAAUGCAUCUGUGGUAAUUCGUUGCGUCUGUUGGGGACUCAGAACAAGGAUAUGGCCGCACAUCUAACUACAGGGGUUAGAUUACAUCUGAGACACAGGCUGCAUAUUCAAAAGACAAACAGAUGACAGAUCAAUAAAUAAACAUUAUUAAGUUAUGAAUAUAUGAAAAUCAUAACAUGAAAGAAGAUCAUCUCAGUUAUAGAUGCAACUUUUGCAGUUGCGAAAAGAAAGCCUGAAAAAAUUCAGGCUUGUACAGGAUUCAAACCCUUGACCUCUGCGAUAACGGUGCAACGCUCUUACCAAUUGAGCUAACAAAUUAGCCAACUGGGAGCAGGUCGUUGAAUUGGUUCAUUAUAAACCUGUGAAAGGAUUAUGAUGAAGUUAUGAAUGUAUUAAAAUCAUAGUUAUAUGAAAACAUUGCAUCUAAGUAUGCGAUGAUCUUCUUUUAUAGAAAUAAGUUAUUUUUGUCACUUUUAAGUCGAUGAAGAGGUUACGUUGUAAAUAACAUUCCUUUAACCCAUUCGCUCCUGGAGAUUUUGCCGAAAAAUGCGUUUUGAAGCUAGUCGAGUGGUUUUCUGGUCACUGUCGUGCUACAAAGAGCUAAAACUUACCACAAACCGGUUUACAGGUCGUACACUUGGCGGCCUUCUGAUCCAGAUGCAAAAUAUCAGCUUGCGAAGUUCGGGCAUGCGCAGAAAGCAAAAUUUCGACAGUUUUUGGGUUUAAAAGUGACACAGCAGUCUUGACUUUUACUUUUCGCUUUCUCUCCUCCCUUCUUUUUUUGCUUUUCUUGCCUCAUUUUUUUUUUCUCUUGCUGGGUAUUUAGUAGGCUUCAUUUUGGUGGGAAGAGUUUUUAGGAAAGCUUUUAGGAUCUUAGGAUUAGGUGAAAGGAAAGGUAGGUGGGUAAUGGAACAAGAUUUUCAUGGAGAUUUUCAGGUCCUUGUCACGUGGUUUUUUGCUUCUUUCUCCGGUGUCCUUGACUGAAUUGUGCUCAUUCUGGUAUGGUUUGAAAGAUCUCUUCACUCUGCACAAGUUAGCGAAGAAAGUUGUCCUUAACCGUUAAAACUGAUGACGUCACAAAAGGUAGAAAGGACCUGGAUCCGCACGGGCGGUUACGGGCGGUUCAGGGGCGAAUGGGUUAAUGUAUUAUUUUGUAUUUUUAUUUUUGUUAUGCACAAAUUUUAUCCUAAUGAUAUUAAUAUUUCUUGUAUAUUAUUUUUGCAGUGUAUGUAUUAUGCAAGCAAGGCAAUGAUUCACAAAAAGCAGUCCAGUUAUUAAUAGAUAAGGGAUUUUGCAAAAAUCUCGACAACCUUCUAUUAAAUGAUGAUCCAUCAUGUGUUAGAGACAGCACCCUAGAUACAUCAGCUGGAGGGAAACUCAAUGUUACAUUUAAAGACAUUGCUGGUGGCCUUCAAGCUUGGGCCAAACAUAUUGAUAAGGAUUUCCCUGUUUACUAG